ACUCCCACAAGUGCUGGCCACUUCUCUAACUUUCCGGGUUACUUAGUCUACCUCGGAGUAGACUUCUCUGCCGGGGUAAAGGCAUCAUAUCCGAAGAAGAGACUAUCUGUACGUCUCUGCGUUGAAAAGAUGGCGUCGCAAGUUGGGGCUCUCAUCUCGCGGCCCCUCCCUCUCUUCGCAGCUGCAACUAUACUCCGCGCUGCCAUGCUAUUAUACGGCCUAUGGCAAGACGCCAACUCGCCACUUAAGUACACAGAUAUCGACUACCUAGUGUUUACGGAUGCCGCACGUUUCACCUUUGCGUCUGCGUCCGCGUCGCCAUAUACUCGGGAGACCUACCGCUACACACCCCUUUUAGCUUGGCUCUUGUACCCAACUACAUGGCCUGGUACCUUCUGGUUCUCAUUUGGCAAGGUGCUAUUUGCCGCAGCUGAUAUCAUAGCUGGUUAUUUGAUUAUCUGCGUGCUGCGAGGACCGGCCGUGCGCAUGUCUGAAGAUCGUGCUUGUAGAUAUGCGAGCAUCUGGCUGUUAAACCCCAUGGUCGCUACUAUCAGCACAAGGGGUAGCUCUGAGGGACUUCUCGGAGUGUUAGUUAUGGCUCUGCUAUGGGCCGUGCUUGAGAAGAGAGUCACGCUUGCGGGCGUACUGCUGGGGCUAGGUGUCCAUUUCAAAAUCUAUCCCUUUAUUUAUGCGCCAGCCAUUGUAUGGUGGAUGGAUGCUCAGCAGAUGAGUGGGAGAACAGACGCUCAGAUUCAAGCAAAGAAGGAUGGCCAGAGUCCGACAAAGCCGACAGCAUUGCUAGGUAAAUUCAUAGCAUUUAUUACGCCCGAUCGUAUCUUGCUUGCAAUUGUUAGCUUGACCACGUUCUUAGGCUUGAACUUUGUCAUGUACGCACUUUACGGGAUGCCAUUCCUCACUCACACGUUUCUACAUCACGUUAGCCGGAUCGACCACCGUCACAACUUUAGUCCAUACAACAUCCUACUCUACCUUACUUCGGCGCAUCCAAGCACUGCCCUAAUCAAAGCCGAGUCGGUGGCAUUUUUACCGCAGCUGGUCUUAUCAACGGUUCUAAUUCCUAUAGUUGGAGCCAAGAAGGACCUACCAACCACUAUGUUGGCACAAACUUUCGCCUUUGUUACCUUCAACAAGGUCUGCACGAGCCAGUACUUUCUUUGGUAUAUGGUCUUCUUACCUUUAUACUUACCAAAGUCCUCGUUCUUCCGUAACCCGCGACUUGGCCUAUUAGCUCUCAGUCUCUGGGUCGCAACUCAGGGUCUGUGGUUGCAGCAAGCCUACAGCCUUGAGUUUCUUGGUAUGAGCACAUUUAUCCCUGGCCUCUGGACAUCAUCUCUGGCCUUCUUCUUGGUGAAUUGCUGGGUCUUGGGGAUCAUCAUUGGCGAUCUAGACUAUAGUCCCCAACAUGAGAAGAGUAGUUAAUGUUAAUAAUGGUAAGCGGCGAGGAAGUUGGUAAUACAUGUAUACCUAUUACUCUUUGUAUUGGUCUUGUCUAGUAAGUGGAAAUGGAGGUGCAUUCGGAACCGGU